AGACUACAGUGCAGCACACCUCACUGACUUAACACACCAUGCCCUGUAGCCUGAGAGCAAUCGUGUCAGACAACCUGCUUUGUUCAAGACGGCUGGAAUAUGGUACGAGAUUGUAUGCUUGAACAUAUAGGUCUGGUGCUUUUAUUUGUGGCCUUGAUGAUCUCGAUGAUUCUCAAUCUCAUUCUCUUCAUCAGACGAAGAGGCUCUUACUGCAGAGAAAAAGAUGACUGCUGCUUCCCACAUAUUUAUGAAGGAGAAGGCCCGCCACAGGACGAAGGUCGUUUUUUUCCUGACCAGCAGGAAAAUCCCCACUUGCAACAGGAAAAUCCAAUCUAUGGAAACAUCAGCACAGUGAGAACAGAGGCUUUCACCGAGAUGAUGACCACGCAACACACAAGACAUCGUACGGAGCCUUUUGAGACUGACCUGAAUUACGCCUCAUUGGAUUUGAAGAUCGCAAAGAAACGCAAGAGGAAGUAUCAACAUCAGCAAGACCAGUUUCGAAGCAGCCGUCAGGAUCAGCUGCCGGUUCACCUCCCACCCCCCAUGAAUAGUUUCUUGGAGGUGGAGAGAGACAUGGAUGCUCAUCUUCCUCCCAGAGACACCAGCACCAUGGUCUCACACACCAGCAUCUACCUGAACAGCCAACAGAUAGCCCAAGAGACGGAGGAGUUGGCCAAAGAAAGGAGUAUGAACUGGGAAAGGGAGGACGUGGGGUGGGGAGGAAAUGAACAGCAGGAGGACGGGGGAACAGCGGACUGGAGAGGAGAGGAAGAGAGUGAGGAAAGAAAAGAUAGAGAGCUGGGUGUUGGGAAUGGGACUGUGUGUACACAUGCUACUCAGAGAGAUUCAGAUAAUUUCACCAGCAGCAUCUGCCAAGAUAGUGACCGACAAAGUAUCGUAUAGCAGCCGUAAUAUUAAAGCAACACUAUGCAACUUCUUUACCUUAAAAUAGCAGCUUAAAAAUCAGUUUGCUGGUUCACUGACAUUGGAGCAAGGAGAAAGUUUCCUCCUUCAUUCCCACUUCUCACCCUGAACAUCUCUUCUUACUCUAUGUAACUUUUCUUUGAGAAGCAAGUGACUUACAGUGACGGCUUCAAUUAUCGGAAUCAGGUCCAGCAAGUUGAAGAGUCAUGCUGAACCGUAGAUCUGUUGAAAAGACUAAAGCCCUCUCCACAUUACUGCAGACAUUUUGCAAAACUAAUUUUACAAACACCGCACAAACUGCAUGCCCUCUGUUGUUUUGUCACUGCUAGGUCUUAUUACAAAUGUUCAGCUACAUUUAGGUGUCUGCUUCACCCAAUGUGGCUUGGACCACGGCGUUCUUCUCUGGUAUUUGGUGGAUCACUGAUGUAGCCUUUAUCGCCACCUACUGGCCCAGGAUGCUUGUGUGAAUGUUACAUAUAUUUUUGUUACUAAUUAUUUUUAAAAUGUUCAUGAAUAAUUUUUCUAAGCAAACUGGAAAAAGUCAAUAAAAUGUACUAAAUACA